ACGGUUGAUAUUUUGUCGCUCUAAGGACUACCUUUCGCAUUUGAGUCUAUUUUCGUGGUUAUUUAUAAAUAUUGUGCUUUAUAGAUGGCUCAGGCCACUAUGGAAAAUGUUUCUGUGGAAACUGAGAGUGCUCCGCGAGCUGUGUCGCGAGAAAAAACGCCGGCUGAACGGCCGAGUAAAACCGUGUCUCAGAGCCCUUCGGCUUCGACAACAAAACGGAGACAUUCGUCUCAUACAAAGCACAAACAUUCGUCAAAAAAGGCUAGGAGUAAGCGAAGUAAGUUUUCGCGGUCGUACUCCACUUCAGGAUCGAGUGAAAGUUCCUCGAGCACGAGCAGUAGCUCUGAUACUGAAUCGGACUUUUCGUCCCGCCAAAACAACUCUUCGUGUCAAAUCGCGAGCACUUCUGGGGAACUUGACUAUUCCCUUGACACCUCAAUAGUUGAUUUCGCAGCGGAGGCUGCUUUUAACGGCCUUUCUAAGAACGCUCGUAAAGACCUUUUGAAAGAUACGCCAAUGCCUCAUCAUGCUGAUUUACGGCCUAAAAAAGUUGACUCUUUUGUUAAAAAAUACCUAAAAAGAAACGGUACGCCUUUUAACCCGGUCAUGGACCGACGUCAAAUGAACAUUGCCGGGCGUAUUUUGGAUCCUCUUGGGCCUUUAGCCCAGCUUUGGCAAAAAGCCCUUUUAGCAGAGCAAAGUAAAACGGGUUUGGAUCCGGCUGAAGUGGUCGAGCUGGUUCAACGUGCCGUUGCUUUGACCGGGAAUGCGAGCUUUUGUGCUCUCGCUGAUCGCCGAAAAGGGCUUUUGGCGAAAAUUUCUUCGGAUUCCUUAGAUCUUCUCGAGGAUCAGUCCUUGUUUUCUCAAGGUUCUACCGACCUGUUUGGGAAGAAAUUUAAGAAAUCUUUUCUUAAAGAGCUGAAGCUUUCGAAAGAGCUUGAUUCGUUAGUAGGACGAGCUCGUUACCAUGGCAACAACAAGUCGAAGCCUUUUCGUUUCCAGCCCGGGAAAGGCCCGGGCUUCAAUACUCGCCCGUGGGGCCAGAGAUUCUCAAACCGUGGAGGCCAGCACUCGUAUCGUCGGGGAAAAAGCCAUGCGACACAGUUCGCACGUCCGGCAGAGAACAAAAUCUAACAGUACGAUCACUUCAAAAUGGAAGGGAUCCAUCUCUUGCGCGACUUAC